AUGGCCUUGGACAAGGAUGAGGUGCUGUCAUGCCCAUUCAACAAAAACCACAAAGUGCAUGUUUGCCGUUUUCCGUACCACAUCGUCAAGUGCCGUAAGAACUACCCAAUGCUGGCGAGGGAGAUGGCCACGUGUCCCUUCAAUGCGUGCCACAUCAUGCCGCGGUGCGAGCUGCAGCGCCACAUUUCCCGCUGCCCACAACGCAGCUACGUGGAACGCGAGCUGAGCCACGCCAUGAAACUAUCCAACGGCGGUGUGCCGAAGGUGCUGCCUACGCCACCGUGCCACUCGGCGCAAAUGGAGUGCACAGAGGACUGGGAUGUAGGUGGCAUGUCACCAGCCAUGAAGACGCUGUUUAAGAAGCAAUUGGGGGAUGCCAUGGACAGUGAUUGCAGCAUGGUGAAUAUCCGCAUCCCGUCUACGCUGCCAGACGUCCUCUCCGAGUGGAUGGAGGACUGUGCUGUUGGCGGCCACCCGAGCACGGGUCAAAGGAAGAAGCUGUGA